AUGAGUGAGAAGGAAGCUUUUAAGUGGAAUGAAGCUGGUAGAAAAGCUUUCAAAGAGAUUAAGAAGGAGAUUGCACAUGCACCUACCUUGGUAAAUCCGGACUUUAAUAAAGACUUUAUUAUUUAUUGCUAUGCAUCAGAACAUACUAUGUCUGGGAUCUUGGUACAAAAAGGUGAAGAUAAUGAGGAAGUGCUGAUUUUUUUUAUGAGUAUCCCCCUGAAGAAACAUGAGUUGAAGUACUCACAGAUAGAGAAGCGAGCUUAUGCGGUGGUAAAAGCCAUGAAGCAGUUCAGAGCAUCUUGGGUCUCUAAGAUACAAGAAUUCAAUUUAGAUAUCAAGCCCACUAAACUAUUCAAAGGACAAGGCCUCUGUAGAUUGAUGGCAGAAAAUGAGUCCAAAGAGGACGACAGUUUACCUUUAACCCUAUUCGUUGAUCAUCAAGAUUCUUCGUUCACUAAUGUGGCAUAUUAUCUUACGUAUGGGGACUGUCCUAAUCAUAUUUCUCCAAGGGAAAAAAGGAAUUUGAGGUUGAAAGCUGCAAAAUAUGUUAUCUCACAUAACAUAUUAUAUAAAAAGGGUUUAGAUGGCACUUUCCUCCGAUGCGUAGAUAAACCGCAUCAAGAAGCUCUAUUGAAAACUUUCCAUAAUGAAGCAUGCGGGGGCCACUUUUCCUCUACGAUUACUACAUACAAAAUCUUGAGAAACUGUUACUAUUGGCCAGGGAUGUUUUGGGAUGCGUACGCCUGGGUGGCAAGGUGUGAGAAAUGCAAGUUGUUCACAGGUAAACCCCAGUUGGUCACCUUUCCUUUGAGGCCUGUGGUAAUUGAAGAACCUUUUAAGCAGUGGGGACUAGAUUUUAUUGGUCCUUUGAACCCCAUUUCUAGUGUGGGGCACACUCACAUAUUAACGGCGACAGAAUAUUUCACUAAGUGGGUGGAAGCUAUCCCUGUAAAGAACACUACCUCAGAAAUUGUGUGUACAUUCCUUAAGGAGAAUAUCCUCAUCAGGUUUGGAGUCCCUCAAAAAAUAGUCACAGGUAAUGCAUCAAAUUUUUCUUCAUCAGAAUUGAGGUUAUUUUUCUAUGAUGAUGGAAUUGUUUUGGCACAUGCUUCUGAUUAUUAUCCGCAGGGUAAUGGUCAAGCAGAAUCAAGUAACAAGAACUUGAUCAAUAUCAUGAGAAAGUUAGUCAGUGAAAAUUUUAGGGAUUGGCAUAAGAAGCUACAUGAAGCACUAUGGGCAGAUCAAACUUCACCAAAACGGGCCAUAGGAAUGUCACCAUUUGAACUGGUUUAUGGUAUUGGCGCACAAAUCUCUCUUCCUUUAGAAUUAGCAGCUUCUAAAUUGCAGACGGUCCAUGAUGAACCUCUUCCGGAAGUAGAUUGGAGCAAGAAUAUGGCGGAUAGUAUUCAGACUCGAGAAGCACAGGCAAGGAUUAAAGAAGAGAAACUUGACCUCGGGAUACAACUUUCUAUUGCUGGCCAAGUUACCAAAUCGAGAUCCAAGAAGGGUUUCAAGCCACCAGUUUCUCACCUCAUUGUGGAUUUGGACCCAGACGAAACACCGAGCAAAAUGACAGCCCUUGUUUCUGAAGAAGACAAGGUUUCAAUUGACAUAGAUGCUAUCUUUCAGGACUUAGGAGCACUCGAAAUCCAAUCCCAUAUAGACCAUGCCACGCCACCACCUUCAGAAAGUAUUGAGUGGUGCAACCAAAUAAUUGAGCAGGGUUAUAACGAGUCAGCCAGUCUAUGUGGUGAGUUAACAGCCUUGAGGGCAACCGUGCAGAAGGACUUAAAUUGCGUGGAUGUUCAAUUACUUAAAGAGGAUAGUGAAACUCUGGAAGACACUACGGAGAUGAUUAACCAAUUUGGCAGCCACAUCAAACAGAUCAAGAUGGAGAAAUCCUUGUCCAUGGAAGACUUUACGAAGAUCUCUAAAGUGGAAUCGAUGCUCACUGUUUGCCUCGAUCAUCUGGAUUCAUACAGAGAUAAAGUACGAAUGGUAAAGAGGAAAAAGGAGCUUUAG